AGGCGCGCUGCGGGCGGUGGCUGCGGCGGUGGCCGUUGAGGAGCGCGGCGCGGUGCGGCGCGGGCGGCCCAUGGGGCCGGGCCGUGCGGCGGAUGGAGCCGUGGCAUAACGGCGGCGGCGCGGAUGAGAAGCUUCGGAGGCAGGAAGCGGAAGCGGGGAACCUGCGGCGAUGGAGCUGCGGCGGGACGGGUGCUGGCAGCGCGGCGGCGGGGCCGGAGCCGUGCGAGGCGGGCGGCGCGGCCUCCGUCCUUCGGCGGGACUCAGUCCGCAAGAACCGCCCGCCCUUCCCUUGGUUUGGCCUGGACAUUGGUGGGACCUUGGUCAAACUUGUUUAUUUUGAACCAAAGGACAUCACUGCCGAAGAGGAGGAUGAAGAAGUGGAAAACCUCAAAAACAUCCGCAAGUACCUGACAUCGAACGUGGCCUAUGGAUCCACAGGCAUUCGGGAUGUGCAUCUUGAACUAAAGGACCUUACCCUGUGUGGACGUAAAGGCAAUCUGCACUUUAUACGCUUUCCUACCCAUGACAUGCCUGCUUUUAUUCAAAUGGGAAGCGAAAAGCACUUCUCGAGCCUCCAUACUACUAUAUGUGCCACAGGAGGUGGAGCGUACAAAUUUGAGCAGGACUUUCUCACAAUGGGUGACCUUCAGCUUCGUAAGCUAGAUGAGCUCGACUGCCUUAUUAAAGGAGUUCUGUACAUCGAUUCCAUUGGGUUCAAUGGCAAUUCAGAGUGCUACUAUUUCGAACACCCGACCGAUACCGAAAGGUGUCAGAAGCUCCCAUUCAACUUGGAGAAUCCAUACCCUCUCCUUCUGGUGAACAUUGGCUCAGGGGUCAGCAUUUUGGCUGUGUAUUCGAAGGAGAACUACAGAUGGGUAACGGGCACCAGUCUUGGAGGGGGAACCUUCUUUGGGCUCUGCUGCCUUCUCACGGGUUGCUCCACCUUUGAAGAGGCCAUGGAUAUGGCAUCCCAUGGGGACAGCACCAAAGUGGACAAGUUGGUGCGGGACAUCUAUGGAGGAGACUACGAGCGGUUCGGGCUGCCAGGCUGGGCCGUAGCAUCCAGUUUUGGAAACAUGAUGAGCAAGGAGAAGAGGGAGGCUGUCAGCAAAGAGGACCUGGCCAAGGCCACCUUGACAACCAUCACCAACAACAUCGGCUCCAUCGCGCGGAUGUGUGCACUCAAUGAGAACAUCAACCGAGUGGUCUUUGUUGGCAAUUUCCUCCGAAUCAACACUAUCUCCAUGAGGCUUCUGGCGUAUGCUUUGGACUACUGGUCAAAGGGACAGCUGAAAGCACUGUUCCUGGAACAUGAGGGUUACUUUGGUGCAGUUGGUGCUCUCCUGGAGCUCCUGGACUCAGCCUGAUCCAUCCAGAUUCCAUACAUGGGAGCGAUGAAGUCGCAGUGCCCACGUGGAGCUUUAAAGGACUUUCCCUUUCAUCAGUGUCUCUAUGAGUGCUGUAUGUCUGCCUAGUUCCUAUAUCAUAGGUGUCAGCUGCAGUGUUCUAUGUUCUGCAGAUGAAAGAUGUCACAUUCUCAUUCUCCUAUAAAUUGUCUGUGGAGGGGUGAGAACUGCAGCACAGUAACAUCAUAAGGACCAUUCCUGUCCACUCCAGACUACACAGCGUCCUGCUGAACGCAGUCAUGCUAUCAGCAGGGCUGCAUAUAACGAUACCAAAGAGAUCACUGUUUGUUUCAGUCAUAUAGUUGGGAUUUUUUCUGUAAUGCUUCAUUCGGUGCUUAUAAACUAAAGUAGUUUGGGGGGCAAAGCUGCACUUCCCAUACAUAGCAGUUGUUCUUUCUUCUGCUUCCUCCACACACACAGCCUGAAGGAGGCUGUGCAGUUUGCAACCUCUGAAGAUGCUCUGCUCUCAGGACAUGGAUUUGGAAGCAGCACACUGCAUCCUGACUAAAUGAUCUUAGAACAACAGCGAUGCUGAUAACGGAUAAUAUUUACAACAAGAAAAAGCUGAAUGCGUACCAUUUGUAAAA